AUGACUCAGGGCAAGGAGGAGUCUGUAGAGACUUUUGGAGAUAUUAACCUCACUCUUGGCAUGCUGAACAAGGAAGAUAUUAUCAGCAAGGAAGAGAUCUACAGUCAUCUGACUUCCAUUAUUCAGAACACUGACAUCUUGGAUGACGCCAUCGUCCAAAGGCUGAUUUAUUAUGCUUCUAAGGACAUGAGAGACAACAAUGUCCCCAGAGAGAUCAGAAUGCUGGCCGGUGAGGUUCUGGUGUCUCUUGCGUCACACGACUUCAACUCUGUGAUGUACGAAGUGCAGAGUAACUUCAGGAUCCUGGAGCUACCCAAUGAGUUCAUUGUGCUCGCCCUGGCGGAGCUGGCGACCAGCUACGCGUCCCAGAGCAUCCCCUUCAUGAUGAUGACCCUGCUCACCAUGCAAACCAUGCUCAGGCUGGCCGAGGAGGAAAGGAUGAAGGCCGCUUUCUGUGUCGCCCUUGAGAAGUUCAGCAAGGCCAUUUACAAGUACAUCAACCACUGGAGAGACUUUCCCUACCCCAGGCUGGACGCCAACCGGCUGUCCGACAAGGUCCUCAUGCUGUUCCGGUACAUGAUGGAGAAGUGGGCCCCCGGCGCGUCGCCUGAGCAGACCUUGUCCAUCGUCAAGGCCCACGGCCCCACAGUGAGCCUGCUGCUCCACUGGGAAGACCUCUGCGAACAUGCCCUGGGCCAGGUGCCCUGGCUCCUGAACCAGUACAAAGACAAAGAGACUGACUUCCACGUCACUCAGAGCCUCAAGCAAAUACUGGCUGCAGCCAUCCUUUACGACAUUGGCCUUCCAAAGGACUUGAAAAGAAGCAUCUUCGUCAAUCUGCUCCACCAGGUGUGCAGAGCCCCAGAGCCUCUGGGGCAGGAAAAUGAAGUCGAAGCUUCAAGCUGCUUCCUCCUCCUAGCCCAUUCCAACCCUGCAGACCUGAUGGAAUUUUUUGAUGAACAAAUGAGAAGUAACAAUGAAGCCAAUCGGAGGGGAAUCUUGGCUUUGUUAAGAAUGGUUAUCCUUGCUGAAGAGCCCAGACUGAGGGACCACAUCACUUCAGUUGAAAAAACAGUGAAAAUCGUCCUGGGUGACCCCAGUGUGAAAGUGAGAAAUUCCACCCUCCUCCUCAUCCAAACCAUGUGUGAAAAAUGCUACAUCGAAGCCAGGGAAGGAUGGCCGCUGAUCCAUUACGUCUUCUCCCAGUUUGCGAUGUCCAACAAGAGUCUGGAGAAACCAAGGAAACCUCUCUCCCAAGAGGACGAAAAGGGAGAGCAAUCUGUCCGGGAAACAAGCCUCGAGGUCCUAAAAACGCUAGACCCGCUGGUCAUUGGGAUGCCUCAGGUGCUCUGGCCCAGAAUCCUGACUUUCGUGGUACCUGCGGAAUACACGGGCACACUGGACCACCUCUUCAACAUCAUCAGGAUUCUGAUCAUGGCAGAGGAGAGAAAGAAGAGGAAUGCCGUGGAGUCAACAGCCCUUGUCAUCUCUACGGGAGCUGUGAAACUUCCCACACCGCAGCAGCUCCUGGCCAGGCUCCUGGUCAUAUCCAUGCUUGCCAGUUUAGGGCAGUUACGUGGUGCUGGUGCAAUAGGACUGUUGAAGAUUCUGCCUGACUUAAUCCACCCCAAAUUGGUCAACCUGUGGAAAACCUGCUUACCCGAGCUCCUGAAGCCUCUGGAAGGAAAGAACACUAGUAUCGUGCUAUGGGAAACCAUGCUGCUUCAGUUGCUCAAAGAAUCGCUAUGGAAGAUCGAUGACGUGGCCUGGACCAUUCAGCUGAGCCAGGACUUCAACCAGCAAAUGGGCAGUUACAGCAACACCUCUGUGGAGAAGAAAUUCCUUUGGAAAGCCUUAGGGACCACCUUAGCAUCCUGCCAGGAUACAAACUUUGUAGGCUCACAGAUUAAGGAAUUUCUGACUGCUCCCAACCAGCUGGGAGAUCAACGACAGGGAGUGACAUCUAUUUUAGGACACUGUGCCGAGAACCACUUGGAUACCGUUUUAAAAGUUCUUAAAACAUUCCAGGAUCGGGAAAAGAGUUUCAUGAAUCGAUGUAAGGGUCUCUUUUCUGGGAAGAAGAGCCUGAGCAAGACUGAUGUCAUGGUCAUCUACGGCGCUGUGGCCCUCCACGCUCCCAAGGCCCAGCUCCUCACCAGGCUUGACCAGGACAUCGUAUCCCAGGUCCUGUUUCUCUAUGGCCAGUGCUCUCAGGUCCUGGGCAUGUCUGUGAUGAACAAGGACAUGGAUCUGCAGCUGAGUUUCACAAGAAGCAUCACGGAGAUCAGCAUAGCCAUCCAAGACACCGGGGAUCAGGGGUUCAAGUUUUCCUACAAAGAGCAGCUGCUCGGUCACAUGCUGGACCUCAUCAGGGACGAGCCCCUGGACGCCCUAGCCAGCCCCGUUCGGUGGAAAGCCUUGAUCGCCAUCAGGUACCUCAGUAAACUGAAACCACGGCUCUCCCUAAAUGACCACCUUAACAUUCUUGAAGAGAACAUUCGGAGGCUGGUGCCCCUUCCACCUCUGGAAAAUCUCAGAAACGAGGGUGAGACGGACAAGGACAAGGAACACAUCAAGUUUCUCUACGAACGGUCCAUGGAUGCUCUGGGAAAGCUGCUGAGGACCAUGAUGUGGGAUAACGUGAAAGCAGAGGACUGUCAGGAAAUGUUCAAUCUUCUCCGAAUGUGGCUGGUUUCACAAAAAGACUGGGAAAGAGAAAGAGCCUUCCAGAUCACCGCAACAGUGCUGACAAAUGACGUCGAGGCACCAGGGAACUUUAAAAUCGGCUCGCUCCUGGGCCUUCUGGCUCCCCACUCCUGCGACACCCUGCCCACCAUCCGCCAGGCCGCUGCCAGCUCCACCAUCGCUCUGUUCUGUAUGAAAGGUAUUCACUUGGAGAUGGAGAGGCUGCAGGAUUUGCAGGAAGGGCUACAGUGUGAUGACGUGCAGGUCCAGAUCAAGAUUUCUUCUAAAAUAGCAAAGAUGGUCACUAAGCUCAUCCCAAGCGAAGAAAUGGUCGUGUUCCUGGAGGAAAUCCUGGACGGGCUGGAGACGCUCGGCCCCUCGUGCACAACGGCCUGUGGCGUGUGGAUGACCACCGCCCUGAAGGAGCAGGGAGCUGCUCUGGAGGACCAGCUGCUGGAUAUCCUGAGCAUCCUUUACUACCACAUGCCGGUCCUCAGGCAGAAGGAGGAGAGCUUCCAGUUCAUGCUGGAAGCCAUCUCCCAGAUGGCCAGCUUCCACACGGAGGCCGUCGUCACCAGCCUCCUGCAGAAGCCUCUGCCCUUCGACAGGGACACAAAGACACUGUGGAAGGCUCUGGCGGAGAACCCGGCGUCCAGCAGUAAACUCCUGCGAGCCCUGACAGACAAGCUGGAGAACAGUCUGGAAGAUGACCUGGCCGGCAUGGACGCGAUCGCGGUGGCCUGCGCCAUCCACGAAGUCGUGUCGAUAGGCACCCCUGUGACAGGCCUGUACCCAGAGCUGUUCACACUGCUCCUGAAGCUGGUCAGCUGCACGCUGGGCCAGGCCAUGCCCACUUCCACCCUGAGCUUCCGGCGGCGGGUGAUGCAGCAAGGGGAGCGGCAGCAGGUCGCGGACCCCUGCAGGCUCUCGACGGCCACCCUGAAGUGCGUGCAGGCCCAGGCCGUGAGAGGGGGCUUCGCCGUGGAGUCGGACGAAGGGGACAACGUGUGGACGCUGCUCCACAGCCCCAGUACCCACCACCUCGGCGUGUGCGCACUGGCCAGGAGCACGGCCGUGUGGCAGCAGAGAAUCAUCCUGGCCAUCAUGGAGCAGCUGCACUGGUCGCUCACCUCCUCUUCGGAGAACUACCGCAUCACGGGCAUGGCGUUCUUCUCCGAGCUCAUGAAGGAGCCGGUCCUGUGGAAGCACUGGAAUCUACGGAACGUGCUCAUCCUGAUGGACCAGAGCGCCUGGGACUCCAACGCCACUCUCAGGCAAAUGGCCAUCCGGGGGCUCGGCAACACGGCUUCCGGCGCCCCCCACAAGGUGAAGAAGCAUAAGCAGAUAAUAUUGGAGUCUAUCAUCAGAGGCCUGUACCACCUGGCCCGCACCGAGGUCGUCUGUGAGAGCCUGAAGGCUCUGAAGAAGAUCCUGGAGCUGCUCACGGACCGAGACGUGAGCUUCUACUUCAAAGAGAUAGUGCUGCAAACGAGAACCUUCUUUGAAGACGAACAGGACGAUGUGAGACUGACUGCCAUCGUCUUAUUUGAGAAUCUGGCAUCCCUAACAGGGAGAAGGUGGAAGAUGUUUUUUGCGGAGGAAAUUAAAAAGAGCAUGAUAUCGUUCCUUCUCCACCUCUGGGAUCCCAACCCCAAAGUUGGAGCUGCUUGCCACGAUGCCUUGACUGUCUCCAUCCCCUUUCUGGGCCUCCAGGAACUCUAUGGGGUCUUAGAUAAUCUCCUUGAUGGUCAGGAUCCACCAAGGGCCCGAGAUUUCUAUAGGCAAUUCUGUGCAAAACUGGCCAAGAAAAACCAGGAAAUUCUGUGGAUCCUGCACACACACUCCUUCCCCUUCUUCAGCAGCAGCUGGGAGAUGAUUAGGAGCUCGGCCAUCAAACUCACAGAUGCCAUUGUUCUCAAUUUGACCAACCAAUACGUGGAGUCGUUAGACAGAGAACAACUGAACAUGCGGCUCCAAGAACUGCGGCAAGACCCCUGCAUCAGCGUCCAGAGGGCAGCCGAGGCUGCCUUGCAGACCCUCCUGAGAAGGUGUAAAGAGAUCAGCGUCCUUCCCUGAGCCACCAGGAAAUAAACGGCUAGGCUUUUCCGUG